UGCUUGAAGGUCGACGAUUUGCCUGUUUAAAGCGAAGGAAAAUUCAUGUUUGUCGAAAAUUACAAACAUGAGAUUAAUGUUAAGCCCAAGAGGCAGACUAAUACAUUUGUUGAAAAUCCGGACUAUAAAAAAAAAGGACCUUGAAAAAGGUUAUGCUAUUGUAACUAGUUCAUGACACGGCACUUACGACACGGUGCACGGUGCACACCGCACAGUAUAGGAUCCAGUGCGUUCGAGUUCGGUUUCUCCCUCGGGAAAAUGAGUUUCUCGUGAAGAAAAAUAGAUAACGAAAGACUAGCGUCAAACGCGCGAGGAACAAUGUUGGCCGACGACAUUUCCUGGCGAAUCUUACGCGGUGUAAAAAGAAGACUGGUUCGUGUGCAAUUUCCUAACAGUAAGAGGCGGAGCAACAAACAAGCGGCGCGUGAUGCAGCUUCUUGCGAUCAGUUAAUUUUGACAACUGAAAAUCGUGCACAUCUACAGAGUUCGGAUCGUCGCUUUCCACGCGCUCAUUGGCUCACAAUAAUAACGAUUAAUCCAAUCUGCUUUCACACAUCGGCUUGGUCAAAAUGUUUUAGACAUCCAAUCGGCUAGCGUGUUUUUUGUCACGUAUCUCAGAUUUUGAAUAGUAUUUUCUCGAGGAAAGAAAAAAAGGGGGGCACGAUGCUGACAUACGUAUUUGAGAUGUAUGGCCGGUUCUGUGCCGGUCAUCCUUUGGAAGUGAUAGUAACGAUCUUCACUUUAACUGCGUGCACGCUCAACAUGGAUACCGGAACCGGACAGGCGCGCAAGGAAGAUUUACCUAAUACCUUAUAUUGUCAUCACACUCGAUGCGAUAUCUCAGACAAUUCAAAAGUGGCCAACAUCAUAGUAAUGACCAUUAUACGUUGCUUGGCAGUGCUCUUCACCUAUUAUCAAUUCCGGAAUUUACAAAAACUGGGAUCCAAAUAUAUUUUAGGUAUCGCUGGCAUUUUUACCGUAUUUUGUAGCGCGGUGUUUACCUCAAGCUUGGUCAGUUUCGCUCACAAUGACGCGACGGACUUGUUCGACGCGUUGUUCUCCUUUUUGCUUCUCAUCGACCUUUCCAAGGCUGCGACUUUGGCUCAGUACGCGCUGAGUUCGCGAAGUCAGGAAGAAGUUCGGGCGAAUAUCGCGCGCGGUAUGUCUCUGCUGGGACCGACCAUCACUCUGGACACCCUCGUGGAGACUCUGCUGAUCGGCAUAGGCUCCUUGUCGGGUGUCAGGAGGCUUGAGAUCCUCUGCACCUUUGCAUGUCUUGGAGUGAUCGUCAAUUACAUCGUCUUCAUGACGUUCUAUCCGGCUUGUUUAUCGCUUAUAUUAGAGCUUUCCCGAGGGAAUAACAACAAGGGUCGGUUGAGCGCGGACAGGAUAUUCAUAAUACAACCAUUGAACGAGGAGGACCAAAAACCGAAUCCUGUGGUGGAACGAGUCAAGAUGAUCAUGAUCGGUGGCCUAUUUGUGGUACACGCGCAUAGCCGCUGGCCGUUCAACAAAGAAGAAAGCGAGUACACGACGGAAACAAUCAAAACAACGACCACAAACUCGGAUAUGAUAAACAACUCCGUUCAUACCGAGAGAUCCGAAUUGAGAGAACACUUGACUAGUUGGCUGUCAGUCAGUGUGGACAAUAUCGUGAUACUGAUUCUGUUGCUAGCACUUGCAGUAAAGUACAUCUUCUUCGAGGAAAGGAACGACGUCGUUAGGCGCCUGAGAUUCAAGGAGGAAGAGAAAGCGGAGUCUCUUGAUGUCAAUGCGGAUAAUACGAAUACUAUAGACAUGCCAUUGCAACAGCGACUCGAUACGACAGUGAUCACACAACCGAUCUUCCCUUUGUCCGGUGUGGGUGGCGGGUGGUUUGAUAACGAGGAUGGAAUCGAGAAGGAAGUGCAAACCGAAGAAAAAGAGGUGCAAACCGAUGUGAUACUUUACAGUUCGAAUGAUUCCAGCAGUGUGAGCGAAGCGUCCAAGAAAGACGAACCUCCCAGAAGCGUAGAAGAUUGUCUCGAGAUAUACAAGUCUGAGCUCGGAGCUAGCGUGUUGACGGACGAGGAGGUGAUACAAUUGGUAAAACACAAACACAUAGCUUCGUAUCAAUUGGAAAAAGCGGUCGGGGAUAUGGAGCGCGGCGUUGGUAUCAGACGUGUUGUCGUGAGUAAAGCCGCUGGUUUCACUGAUGAAAUGACCGAUCUGCCGUACAAGCACUACGAUUACAGCAAGGUAUUAGGUUCGUGCUGCGAGAACGUAAUCGGUUUUAUGCCGAUGCCGGUCGGUGUCGCCGGACCUUUGUUGAUAGACGGCGAAGUGUAUUACGUGCCGAUGGCAACGACCGAGGGUUGCCUGGUGGCGUCGACCAAUCGCGGCAGUCGCGCUCUCAUGAAAUACGGCGUGACGAGUAGAAUAGUAGCGGACGGUAUGACUCGCGGGCCCGUGGUAAGAUUCUUGAAUAUCGUGCAAGCGAGCGAGGCGAUGAAGUGGAUACAACAGCAGCAAAACUAUCAGAAGAUGAAGAACAGUUUUGACGCAACAAGCGGUUUCGCACGUUUAAUGAAGAUACACGUGCGCAUAGCCGGGCGAUGCUUAUUUAUACGUUUUGUCGCCACGACCGGCGAUGCUAUGGGCAUGAAUAUGUUAUCGAAAGGCACAGAAAAAUCGUUACAGACAUUGCAGGAGUAUUUUCCGGAAAUGGAGAUACUCUCCCUAAGCGGAAAUUUCUGCACCGACAAAAAGCCCGCGGCUGUCAAUUGGAUCGAGGGUAGAGGCAAGAGCGUGAUCUGCGAAGCGAUUGUACCCGAGGAUAUCGUGACCAACGUGCUCAAGACAUCGGUGCACGCUCUAGUCGAUGUAAACACCAACAAAAAUUUGAUAGGCUCAGCGGUGGCGGGUAGCGUGGGUGGUUUCAACGCGCACGCCGCUAAUAUCGUGACCGCGAUUUUUAUCGCCACCGGACAGGAUCCCGCUCAGAACGUCGGUAGCAGCAAUUGCAUGACGUUGAUGGAACCCUGGGGCGAAGAUGGCAAGGAUUUACAUGUGUCCUGCACUAUGCCCAGCAUAGAAGUCGGCACUGUAGGCGGUGGUACCGGUCUGCCAGCACAGAGCGCGUGUUUGGCUAUGUUGGGAGCGAAAGGUCCGCACGUAAACAACCCCGGCGAGAACGCCAAUAAACUUGCCCGGAUCGUUUGCGCCACUGUACUCGCUGGAGAACUUUCCCUGAUGGCCGCGUUGACUGCCGGUCAUUUGGUCAAGAGUCAUUUGAGGCAUAACAGAUCAUCUGUCCUAAUUAGUAACGCGGUUCACACUGUCCACAGUAGCACUAGCGGUAACAAUUUAACCGUGCCAAAAGUUUCGGUGUCCUCCUCGUACAACAUUUGCUCAGACUUUGCGCAAAAAUCUUAGCACUUAAACAUGAACGGAAUGUUUUUAUAUUUUUUAUAUAGAGCGGUUAUGGUCUAUACAUGUUAUUUCGCACCUGCCUCAGAAUGGUAUUCCAAAGAAAUAAUUCUUUAAAAACAGUGUUUGAGUUUUGUAAUAUGUGACAUAUAUGUGUAUAUACAUGUAAUAUGUGUAUACAAUGUAUAUUUUACGUGGUACAAAAUGGUACUGUAGAAUUAUUUUAUAUUUAAUUGUAAAUUUUUUAACAAAAGAAUUAUACAUGUACAUAUAUAGAAAAAAGCAAGCAUUCACAUCAACAUUUUUAAUUAUACAAUUCAUAAUACUAGAUAUAAUAUUAAAAAUAGAAGAAAAGGCGAAUAAUGUCUAAGACUUUGUUAACCGACAAAAUUGUAAGAUUCUUUAAAAACACUUCUCGAAUUGCGUAAGAUAAAGAUAUAUUUUAUUCAGGAUUUAACUUAUUCAAGGAUUUUCAUCCCUUUAUGUUGUAAUAAUAAUAGCAUAUAAUUAACGACACCUAGUUUCGCGUAUUUUAUUGGAAUAUAAAAGAGGUUCCUGGUGCAAGCAAAAAACCAAAAGUUUGAUUUAUAAUAAAUCUUUAAAUAUAUUCAAAGAUAGUACAUACUACACACGUAUGGUUUUCUUUUGAGAUGAUCUGCUCAACACGAUCAAACACGUGUGUGCAUGUGGACGUAAUAUUUUAUGUUGCAACAAUAAGUGAUAAGUCAAACGUGUAAGAAUGGAAGUAUUUGCAAAGAGAAAUAAAACUCAAUUCUAACUAGUGUUUUGAGUGACAUCACGAAAACUUAUGUCUUCCGCAAACUUUCUCGUAGUUUUCUGAUACCACAAGCAAAACCCCAACUUACGUUGCUUUGACUUAUUAUACGACGCUUCGUAAUACUUACGGACAGUUUCGAGUUGCAGCAACUUUCCCUUUCUGGAAUCGAAGAUAACGAUACCUCCCUCCGGAGUAUGCCUGUAGAAAAUAUACAUGUUACAACAUAUGAUGGAGAAUGAAGAUGAUAAUAUAUUAUAUAAAGCAAAUCUUAUGCACUCA